AUGAAUUCUUUCAAGAAACAACAAUGUUUUGUGACUUUGAAGAGGUUAAUGAUAAAUCCAGAUGGAAAAGAUUUUAAGAAUGCAAUGGAUUCAAAGGCAUCCACUAAUCAUGAUUCUAAAGGUGAACCCUUGAUGAACUUUGAGACUGUGAAGUUGAAGUUAGAGAAGGGUUUAUAUCUUACAAUAGAUCAAUUUGCAAGUGAUGUAAGGAACCUAUUUUACAAUACCAUUGUAUUACAUCAAGUGAAUCAGAAAACUCAAAGAAUAGCAAUGAAGCUAAGUCAUCUUUUUGAGAUGAAGUGGAAGUCCUUGGAGGAAAAAUGGGAAGCUGAGAAACAAAUGAAAAUUGAAGAAAAACUAAAGGAAGAAUUGAAGAAAAAUGUUACAAAGUCACGUCGAUCGGAAUAUGGAGAAAGAAAUAAAAGAAAAUUUGAAUAUGAUAAAGAGAACCAGUGUUCAAAUUUAUCAAAUAAAAAGGUUAAGAAGGAACUUGUGGUGGAUAAAAUAUUGGCUUCACAAAGAGACUUGUUUGGUUACAAUAAUGUUAGCAUGGAAAGGAAGAAACAAAAGAAAGAUGCUCAAGUGAUGAUACAAAAUAUGAAGAGAACGGUUUUUAUUGAUGAAGAUUUGUUCUAUUUUAAGGAGUUGGAAAGAUUGUGUGGUCAUUCAUUGCGAGAUUGCAACAAGAUAAGUCCAUUGAAGAAAUUUGCGGGGUUAGUGUUAAAAGAUGAGUUUAUGGGAGUGACAGAUUUGGAUGAGGAGAAGUUUCUUAAUAGAUAUUGGGAAGAAGGAGAAAUUAUUAUUCUUGAUUAA